UGCGCCCUCGAUAGUAGGUUGGGGGAGUGGUCGAUGCAGCCGUGUGGAACUUCGUAUGCAGCUCUGUGCAAGAAAGACAUCGGGGGCACGACAAUCGUAUACCACAGUGUAGGUAAAGAUGGCGGCACAGGUUUCGAAUUUUGGGAAAUUCCUGGCAUAAUCAUUGCAGUCAUUGUUAUUGGGACUAUUGCUUACACAAUGUUACGUCAUUUCUGUAAAUGUUUGGCUGAAACCUGUGAGAGUGUAUGCGACUGCUGCGGGAACAUGUUUUCAAGUUGUAAGCGUCGAAUCGACCGUUGCUACGACGGUGGUUGCGAAUGCUCUAGAUGUGAACGAUUUUGAUUGUAUACGAAGCCACAGACACAUGUUACGCCCUUGUUACCUGUCGUGCCUGUCGUGUUUAUUGUAGUAAUUUACGCCGCCGAGAACCCAGAGACGGAUCCACCCCAAACGCACAAAGCGAUGACAACCAGCAAGAUUUUGUGGACGGCAGCGUGGAACUUAGCAUACAUGUGUCAGAAUCGGAAUCCGGAUCAUCUUCCAUUUCCAGUAGUCAUAGCUCGAUAAUAAUUAGGCAGCCUUCUUCUGUGCAUCUCCGACCCACUGCACCAGUGUACGA